AUGUCCAGUACUGCCAUUGCAGGCCCGUCAGCGACGCAGCUAGGCAACACAGGGAGCCAGAAGCAAGCGUUCGAAUUUACGAGGCGGAAACGCUGGGCCGACUUGCUCAUCACGGAGCUCUCGGAUGCAGUAAUCUUGAUUCUCUCGCCGGCUUGUAAAAUCUGGUUCUGCGGAAACGCUGUCUCGGAGUUGCUCGGGUGGAGAGAUGAGGAACUGAUAGACCAGGAUUUCACGGAUGUUAUGAAUGGAGACGACCAGAUAAAGUUCCUGAACGCGUUCAGUGAUUCAUGCCGGACCAGGACAGAGCUGCUGUGCUACGUCCGUUUGAAGUGCAAGAAUGAGUUCUCACAGGACGCGCGGGACUACAGCACCAGCCCCAAGGAGGUUCUGUUCGAAUUUAAGGGCUAUCCCCACUUCGUCCAGGACGAGAUGGAAUGCAAGUGCUUCUUCGCGAUGGCGAGACCAUAUCCCAGUCGCAACACGGCCAUGCUCAAUACAUUUCUUGAAUUGAAAGUGGAGAACGAGCGCCUCCAUCAGCGGCUCAACGAGCUUCAACAACACGUAGCACAGAAAGCCGUCAUUUCCGCAGGCGGUCAAUUACCGUCAGACCACACGGGAGGUUAUCCGGGAUACAGCAACCCCAUGCCCAUGCCGCUUUCGAUGCCUAUGACGUUGAACCCACCAGUGCCCGAGAGUUACUAUCGCUCAGCCGGGAACAGCGCUUCCUACGAGAGCGGCACGUUCACUAAUCUCCGCUCUUCGCAGCUCAAGAAGAAUCAUCUCGGUGAUCAGCACGUUUGUGUUACUUGCGGGCGGACAGAUUCGCCGGAAUGGCGGAAGGGGCCCCAAGGACCGAAGACACUCUGUAAUGCGUGCGGCCUACGCUGGGCAAAGCAACAGCGCAAGUUCGAUGCGGAUCUUGCGGAAAACAGUGGCGAUCCGACGUUGGGCGUGGGUUCUUCAGGACAGGUACAGUCGUACUGAUUCGGCAUAUGUUUUCAUUUUUUUCUUGUCGUCGACCAUUGUUAUAUGGGCAUGUCGGCGAGCGAGCACACAUUGGCCAUGCUGCCGCUCUUACAGGCUACUGCAUGCAGAUAUAAAGGUUGUCCAUGCUAUAACUGCAAUAUACCUAUCAUAGUAUUUCUUAAAGUCGUG